AUGGAGCGGCAAUUCCGUAGCCGAUGGCCCCGGAACGAUUUCCUAUUCAAGUUCCUGGUAAUCGGCAGUGCGGGAACAGGGAAAUCAUGUCUCCUACAUCAGUUUAUUGAAAACAAAUUCAAACAGGAUUCGAACCAUACGAUUGGUGUGGAGUUUGGGUCGAAGGUAGUUAAUGUAGGGGGCAAGACAGUUAAACUACAGAUCUGGGACACAGCAGGACAGGAACGUUUCAGAUCGGUAACACGGAGUUACUACAGGGGAGCUGCAGGUGCACUUUUGGUAUAUGACAUUACAAGCCGAGAGACCUACAACGCACUUACAAACUGGCUGACAGAUGCCCGGACGCUUGCCAGUCCCAACAUAGUGAUCAUUCUCUGUGGGAACAAGAAGGACUUGGAUGCCGAUCGAGAGGUCACGUUCUUGGAGGCGUCACGCUUUGCACAGGAAAACGAGCUGAUGUUUCUGGAAACCAGUGCACUGACUGGAGAAAAUGUGGAAGAAGCAUUUCUGAAGUGUGCUAGGACCAUUUUAAAUAAAAUUGAAUCAGGUGAGCUCGACCCUGAGCGCAUGGGCUCAGGAAUCCAGUACGGUGAUGCCUCGUUACGCCAGCUGCGGCAACCAAGGGGUAUGCAGACACAAAACAAACAACAGUGCAACUGCUAGGCAUAGUGGCAGAGACCUGAUGCUGCAGAGCUCACGAUAAAGGAGUGUACAACUCGAUCAGUUUGAUGGAAACCUUAGAACCAGAGGAUGAAGCACCGGCCAUGGCUUAUUUUUCUGGGGUUUGGUGCCUUGCCUUGAGGUCUAAUGAUCCAGAGCUCCCACAUGUACAAUAUAAUGUGUGUCAUCUGCCUGUUUAGUGAGCUAUCCUUACAAUUCCAAUGUUUUAUAUAACUGUAUUCCUUUCAGUUGACCUUCCUAGCCACGUAACUCCACAGGAUGCAAAGAGGAAAAUAUAAUUUCUGCUUUAUAAAACAAAAAAGUUGAAAGUGCACAUGAGAUGACGUGAAGCAGUUGAUCUCUCUUGUUGGGCUUUUUGUUUGUGAAGUGAUAUUCAACUCAUAGCGUAUUGGCCGACUCUGUGCAAUAGACUAUAUUCAUCACUGCCACUGAGUAUGUUUAUUAUUCAAAGUGGCUUUUGUAAAUAGAAUCCAUCAUUUCCCAUAUAACAUAACUGUAUUGCUACUGGCUCAAUGUAACUUCUAAUUUAACUUUCUUAACCAAGUACAUGUUCAUUUGAUCCCAAUCUAUCUCUAGUGUUGGUCAACACGUCCUUUUUGCACUGGAUGAUUGGUCUGUUUGCUCUUAUUUCAAUCACUAAAGCCUAUUCUGUUUGUGUUCUAGUCAUCUGCCUCCUCACCUACGAUACUCCUUCCCUUGCGUCAAACUAUCUUGCUUGUCUCUUGAUAUCUCACUUGGCAUAUGUGUUGGAGUAACAGUGCAUUUUCUUGAGAGUUUUACAGCUGGUCUCUCAGUAUUUGUUUCUGCCUCACUCCGCUACCCUCUAUGUAGCUCUGUGCCUCAUGAGGGAGUUUAGGAAAAUAUAGAGCCAGAGAUAUUCCAUUCUUCCCCUCAAGCCUGCUUCACAAUUCAGUUAGAUUAUAGCUAGCCCAUGCUGUAAAUCCAUUUAGCUGCCUUUGCUCCAUGUCCCUCUACCUUUUUCCCAACAAAAUCUGACAGUCACUCUUUUGUAUUUUGAUUGACCCAGCAUCCACAGCCUUUUGGGAUAGUGUUCCAGAUUUCCCCCAUCCUUCGCAUGGGAGGAAAAGUGUUUCCAACUUUUAUACUUCGAGGCAGGUGUUCAUGGUUGGUGGGUAGAGUUUGCAGUUUGAGUAGAGAAGUCAGGUGAGUGGAAUGCCUGUUUUCACCCCCUCCUGUGUUGUAUUGUCUUUGUCUGCUGACUUUGGUUACAAACUGAACCUAAGAGUUCAGAUUCCAUUGCUGUUCUGGUAGCAGGGUGUUAAACCUUACCUCCACUCAUUUCCUGUCUGCAUCAUUGGAGGUGAGCUUCUUUCCUGUGCCACCUUAUUCCCUCGUAUAAAAUGCCUGCUGGUCAAAUGCAUUGAAAACCCAGUCUAAAUAUUUAGUGAAUUUAAAAGGAAGUCACCUUGAUGCCUAAUGCAAUGUUUGUAGUUCCUUUGCUGUGUUAUUGCACCUUGGACCAUCAACCAAAUGCUCUGAGCCAAGAAGGCCACUGACUGAGUAAAUCUUGAGUGCAAUUGGCUACACUUGCUGGGGUCACUGGUGACUCAUCAAGUUAUUACGCCCAAAGUUGUUGGGAAGAAAGAUUUUGUCCAUCGAGACCAAAGCAGCUUCAGACUGUGCAAAUUGGCAGGUUUGGAUCUGGCCUUUGUUUUGAGAGCUGUUGCACCUCGUGUCACACACCACCCCCACACCCAACUCCCCAACCUCUGUGCUUGACAGGCAAGGAAUUUACAUUGCUUUAAGUUCCUUUAAGACCUGAAUGUGAGCCUGACUGUUCCUUCAAUAAUAUUCCUGCUUCCGGAUUGAGCAACAGGCUCAUGUGUUGAAGGAAGUUUUGUAAUGGUUGCUGCUUUGAUGCAAUGGUCACAUUGCAUUAACCCUCAUUGUAUCAAUCCAAAAAGUGUCUCGAAACUGCCCCCAACCCCCAAGAAAAACUCUGAAUCUUUGAGAUUUCAUUUAUCAAGCCAUUUCUAUGUGUGGUAGGCUGUACUACAGCAACAAGGGCUGAUAAAUGAAGCCUGCAUGCGUUCUGAGACAGUAGUGAACCAUCAGGCUGGAACUGUAAAUACAUUUACACUUCCAGUCAGCAGAUCAGGCAGAACCAAGAACCUACUGCAUUAUCAACUCUAUUCGAACAGUUGGCCUCCAUAUCAUGAACCGAAGUCGGAGUUCCUGCACCUGAUUGCUAUCUGCUGUGUCCUCUGUUUGUGAGCAGCGGGCUUGGGCAGGAUUGAACUUGACCGUGGUAGUAAAUCGCUCCACCUCAAAUCAAGCUCAUUCUGGCUCACAGAGAGAAUGUUGAUUCAUUGCAGUAUCAGAGUGGCUUUUGUCUCUGGCAUUCCACCAGUUAAAGCUUUCAUGGUCCAGCGAAAUUGGAGACAUAUGUAUUGACUGUAUUUUUUUUGCCUGUAUUGUUUGCACAUCUACCUACUGGUGGUUUGCAAAUGUCCUUGCUGGUCUUUCCAAGGUCACCUUUUUAACUUAGUGCCCUCAUUUGUUUCUGACCCUUAGUCAUAGAACAGUUAUACUCAUUCACAGGUAGGGAACCUCCACAAUUGAACUAUUGCGUGAUGCUUCUUGAAUACAGUCUUGCCUCACCAUUCACCUGUUCCUAAUUUUCCCCAGCCGAGCAAUGCAGCCAUUGCUGGAACUUGGUCUGGAUAUCAAGUCUGAGCUAAUGUAACUUGAAAUUAGAGAGGUUGGUCAAUAAACAUGCCAAAAUUCUAUAGAACUAUGCUGCUGCCCUCCAUGUAUAAUCCUGUUGGACUGCAUUCCAUACAGUACUGUUUUACAACUUUAACGAAACUUUACAAAAAGUUUCCUUCUAAUCACACCAUAUAGAGCUGUCCUCAGCUUGACCUGAUCUGACUUGAGUUCUCGCCAGCCACAACAAGUUCCACUCAUCUGGACUCAAUGCAGUUGAGAUUAGUUUCCCAGGUUGCACCAGGCUCAGCCUGAGCCAGACUCAACCAAACUCGACUCAACUCAUCGAAAAGGAACUCCAGCUUGACUCUGAACUCACCCUGCCAUGCCUGCUUUGUUCAACAUCCUGAUGAUUAGAACCAACUAUCAUUUUUUGCGUUGUUGCAAAUGCCCUCAGUGUAGAACAUGUUGGUUUGCUAUCUUCCUUCAUCUGAAAAAAAUUUGAUAAUUAGAGACUUGAAGCCAGUUGCAGAAUACUGGAAGGGUAACAUGUGAAUGACUGGUGAGGACAUUAUUGUACAAUGAACCUGUUUCUGCUCACACGCAUGCACGCUUUAAUACAUAGUGAUUUAUUCAAAGCACUAUUGCUGUAAAAUAGGGCACUGUUUCCUCAGUGAAACCGUUCCCACUUUAACCUUGAUUCACUUGGUCUUAGCCUAUAGUGUGGAUCCCUUCCAUGCAAAUCUCUGCAACAGGUGUUGGCGGUUACUGUGGACGAAUAAGGAAAUAUUUGCAUCAGUGUUGGAUAGAGAUAUUCCAGGGUUAAACUUCCUAUCAGGAAAGUACAAAUGAGGCAAAUGUGAGAGGAUUUAAAAAUGCUAAAAGCACAUCAGGGGGUUAGGAUAAUGAUUAAACCACACUGUUCCAUGCUCCUGGUUUAUGAUAUCGCUUGAUCCUCUAGUAUGUUCCAGAAUUGGUUCGCACAGGCCUGAUGAGAUGCCCAACUCUGGAAUGUGGCAAGCCAGGUGGCACUUCUGAGGUUCCUCAGGUGACCUUCCUCCAUGCUGUUCAUCUGCUUCCCAUCUGAAUCUUGACUUUUGGCGACGGAGGUGCCAACCUGUGGUUGCUGUGCAAGAUUCUGUUUUGGUCCUCCACACCCCUUCACCUUUCACAAAGAGCACAGGACUUCUGUGCCAGCUUUCCUCAAAGAAAGGGCCCUUAUUUGUGUGAAUGGUAUUACUGUCACCUCGUUUUCUGUAAUUGUGGAAAAGCAUUUUGCUCUGAAGUAACAGGUUCCCGGUAAGAACAAUUGAAAGCAGGUAUCUGCCAAGUAGGAGUGGCAGGUGUGACCCUUGCUGGAUUUUGCACUGUGCCCAGAAUUGAGUUGGUGGCAAUUAUCAGAAAGUUGAUAGCACUGCUGUAGAAGCUGGUACAAGUGGAUGCUUGGCAUUGUUCUUAGCUUUCAGUUUUCUGGGGAUAUGAUCCCAAAGCUGUGGAAUAGCUGAAUUUGUUGUUCUGUUGCUAUACCUAUGAGGAGGCUUUCUCACCAGGUUGCCUGCCAAACAUUUGAGGCUAUUGGCUUUCCUACAACAGCCAGCAUUAAUGUUUUGUCACUUCGCCACUUUGUGCAGAACCAAGCUGGCAAGUUCCUCCAUCUGCACCCAACUCCCUGUAGCAGUUGAGUGUACAGUCAGCUCUUAACCUGCUGGUGAGUUAAUGAAUGGCUCGCUGCCCCAGUUAAACCCACGAGCUCUGAUGGAACUUAACUCAAAGUGCUUUCCUUGUGUUUUCAUGAGCCCAUUUAAAUUUAACACUGGGCCCCCAUCAAUAUGACACUCCCAUUAACCAUGAGCCUUCCCCCAGUCCUUUGUAAGUAGCAUUUUUUUAUAUCCAUCACAACCAAAGAGAUGCAGCCAGUUCUUUUCCUUUCCCUGUCACCUGUUGCCUCUCUGCGCACCUUCUAUGCAGUCUCUUGUCUUGAAUAAAAAUGCAGCCGAUCUCUUGAAGCCACGCUCCUACUAUGUCCCUCACUCUUGGAGUCAGAUGAGGCACAGGAAUGAGAUCAAAAUGGAGUCUUUGGAUAGCUAGCAGUGAAAGCAGCUUCCUUUAACCUAAAAAACUUGUGCUUGUAUGCUUCCCUCUCUCUCUCCAUUCAUUGGAUUAUGAUGCUCAGUUUUGAAACAGAUCUUCUGGGUUUCCUAACACUUUGAAUUGUAUCUAUCAAAUGUACAAUGUGAGCAGCACUUCAUUUUUAUAAUCGAUAGCAUCUUUCUUUUUCCCUUCUCUGAAUAACAGGUACUGUUUUCUCCCAGUUUUUUUGCCUGAUGCAGUCAGUAAUGCUAGAAUAUCAUUGAUAUACUCCUGUAACUUGGCCUUGCCAGGUCCCCCACACAGUUUCCCCAUGCACCUUGAGGUUGUAUCCACUGUCCAGUCAUUUUGACAGCCAUCAGAAAUCAUUUUCCCCCACACUCGCUCCAACCACCAAACAGAAGUCUGUGUACUGGCCCAUCCACUGAACCAAUUUAUAUUUGCACUGCAUCUGUAGCAUAUCACUGGAAUACUCAUCUGGUUGAGGGGCAGAGCCCCUAGCAAACCGUCAGGAAAUGUUAACAUUUUGCACUUGGGACAAAACAUUUGAAGCAGCAAGUGUGUCUUGCAGUGGAUUGGUUAGGGUGAAGGCCCACUUUGGCCCACUCAACAGUCUGGAUGUGUGGGUCAUGCGGUCAGCUGGAAGGCUGUGUCUCAAUUCUGUGGUGUGGCCUGGGGCAAUACAGUUUCCUUGCUGGGAACAAAAGGUUGGGAGACUGGGGCUCAAUGCUGGAGAGUUAAGUGCUACAUUUCUUAUAAUUGUUUCUCUAUAAGUGGAAAAUGGAGAAUGCAAGAGGGGAAAUGUACUCAUUUGCUUGGUGAGCAUGGCUUGCUCCAGGCCAGGCCACACCACUAACACUCUUCCUUAUGCUGUGUUAUAUUGUCUGUAGUCUUGUAAUUGUCUGGUUUUCUUGGUGAGUUUGGGUCUGUGCCAAUUUGUGCCCCCGCCUCUGCAGGUGUUAAGAGUUGUUGUGUCAACUCAUUGCACAUUGAGGUUAACCUGGGUUACACCAGAAAGUGCAGUUGGCCUGACCAACAUAACUGUCAGUUCCCCUAACCUAAGUCCUGUCUGUGCUUUCUGAAAUCACUGUGCCCCUUUAACUGGCAUACAGUCACAUUUCCAUUUAUUUUGUUUGAUGGCUGAGAGUGAGUAAGCAUGUUUCCUUAUUAUUUUGUUAGUAAUGCAUUGUAGAUGUGAUCUCCCAUCUAAGUUGUCAUUGGCUGUCAGACAGGGUGUUAUAAAUUGGUUCUGGUACUAAGUAUGGUGAUAUUGAUUUGCUUUAUUCCCUUUAUAAUGGAAAGGGACUGGUUGGAGCUGCUAUUGCCCCAGUGAUGGAGCAGCCAGCUGAUUGUCUGUGCUCACACAUGAGUAAUGGUAACUUUGCUGAGACAGCAAAAUGCCUUUCAGCCUUUGGUACAGAAUUAAGAUGCAUAUGGGGCGGAGGAUAUUGAUGGCCUGUCUCAAAACUAUUCAUUUCCUGUUUGAGUACUGGAAGGAAAUUUAUCGCAGCCACACCCAGACACCACUGAUUGCUAAAAUAAUCUGCCACUCCAGUGUCCCCUCUUGUGUUAUAUCAGUCUUUACUUACAAGUAAAAGCCUGAAAACUGGAUCCCUACACCCACUGUGAAACAGUCUGUCGAGUUGCAAACAGCACCUAUUUUUGUUGAUUGUGCUCGUGCUGCAUUCCCAAUGAAUUAUUACAACAUUUUAUUUUUAAAAAUGAUGUGAAUGAGACAAAUGCAGUUGUCUUAAUGGCCAGUAUGUAUAGUUGGAGCCCAACCUUGGUCUGUAAAUAGGUUAGGUUUUUGAUUCUGUCUCUUGUGUUUUAUGCUGUUUUUUGUUUUGGUCAAUGUUAUUUAUUUCAGUAUAUGUUUUUGCUUGUUCUGUGAUCAUAAACUGCACCUCGAGUGCUUGUGUCCAUUUGAAGGAAGAGGUGUGAAAUCCAGGCUACCUGAGCUCCAAAUCUAACUGGGUAUCAGAGCGCUUAAGGCUGUCAUUUUGCUGACUGAGUGGGCACUCGUCACUGCUGCCACUCCAAUUAAUUCAUGGGUGGGUGUAAAUCUCCUGCAUUGUUGUACAAAUUUCAUUGGCUUCUUUCUUCGUUGCGCCGUCCUUCAGGUAAGCCCAGCUCCUCAUCACCUUGUUGAGGGGGGGGACCAUGGUGAUUGUAGCUUACCCUUUCUGUCAAACCCUACAGCGUUUUUAAGUCAUCUCUGACAGGGGUACCAAAAUGAAUUGGCAGCAGUGAAAGACCCUGGCACUCCCUUUAACCCAGGACCACUCCGUGUCUGGGAGGGGCAGCGGUUGGGGUGUGGUGUCUCAAACUCUGAGGCAGCCAACCAUGGCCUCCCAAACAGGUCCACGUGGUCAAUCUCAUGCCUUGGGGCAUUCACUGCUCUAAUCUAUUAGCUUGUUGUAGGUUGGGAAUUCUACCAAGCCCUGAGAAAUCAUUCCGUCCUGACUCAUAGCAACAACUGUUUGACUCCUUUACCCGUACCCCUCUAUUUAGUGCUCCCUGAUGCUAAGCGCACUUGCCCAUUACCUCCUUGGGCAGCACAAGUUGGGUUGAGGAGGGUGUGAAAUUGCAGGAGUGCAGUUGGUGAUGGGAGAGGAGAGGGAAUAGCCACAAAACAGCAAGUGAAAGGACCCCAUUUAACCCAACAAGGCUGUUUUCUAGAGUGCGCCCAAGUGGAGGGGCUUUUACUGUCAGUCACUGAGCCCAGAUCUUCCACGUUCCCAGCAGCCAUAGCACUGCAUGGCGAAGUGAAGAGAUAUAGCAGAAAGGUAAGUUGCUGCUCCUUCAUCCCAGCCACAGUUGAUCAGUCAUUGAAAGAUUGUGUAAAUAGAGCUGUUUGUGUGCCCCAUUCUCCCCACUGCCACCUUGCUCGCUGUCAUCACUGGAGACAGUGGAGAAAUGAGUACCUAUCAUGUGGGAUGUAGCAGGGAGUCAGGCUUCUGAGGGUGCACCCCACCCUUUACCACUCAAAAUCAGUCCCAGGGCUUAUCUCUGUGCAUGUUCCAUGUGGCCAAGGGGUCCCCUUUGCACAGACCCUGGAUGGAACAGCAGCAAGUUGCUCAUUGACCAUACCAGAGCAUACAGUUUGGAAGAGGGUACUUCCUGGGAACACUGCAGUAGAAUUGUCCAGAAGCUCAUGCUGCAUCUGGAGCUGCAAUCUGUGUGUCCUCACUGACUCCCUGGAGAGCUGGAUUUCUGUUCACUGUCUGCACCCUCCUCAAGAAAGCUCUGUGUCCUAGUUUUCACUUGGUUUAAAAGCCUCAUGACAUGUACUCCUGUUUCCUGGGUUUUGCUUCCUGUGUUGCAUAGGAAUGAUGGGUGGGCCCCAUGGCUCCACUACUGUCACCUGCCCUAAGAAGUCUGUUGUGUAGGUGAUGUUUUGGCUUCUUAUUUAAAGCAACCAAUUACAGUUUGCCAAUGUGGAGUGCGACAGCUUCAUUAAACAAAAGGCGAGAGUGUCAGUGAGUAUCUUCGCCUUUUGUAACAUCCAGUGCAUUGGUGUUCCAUUCCUCUCCCCACUCUGUUUGUGCUAAACUCCAUCAAGAAGAGGAGCCAAGUUUUCCUGUUCUGUCGAGGUUUACCAAGAAGGGCAUACAAUGGGAUGUUGCUUUACCUGGUACCUAUUAAACCAUAGCCAAGGACCGAGUGUUUCACCACCGUUCAGUGAACGCAAAAUAAAAACCUUUGUGUGUUUGUUUCCCCACUCCCCUUUCUAUUGUGAGAUCUGUGUGAUUUGAAAAUGUUUUCUGUGCCCUUUGCUGUCUCAUUGAGGUGUAGACCUGUUUUACUUUGCAUUUAGCCUUGCAAAUGUCUACAAAUAGGUGAGGUUGAAGUUCACGGUGGGAAAAGUUCCUCUCUGGUGACACCCGAGACUCGGCACUCCCACCAUCACCACCGCCACCCCCCACCCAUGGCAAUUGUUAACAUCAAUCUAGCAACAGGUGUGGGUCUCAGUUCUGGGUGUGGAGGUGUAAGUGUCCAAAGCCAGCCAACGAGUUCUGAUAGUCCCAGCAGAAAGGUGCCUGGCAUAGUCAGUUCUUCUGGAGACCAGAGUCAUGCUCUUCCCUUCUGCUUGUAUGUUCAUCACUGUCGCUGGGUGAGGGAUGAAGACCUCAUGCAAACACCUGCCAAUGACACUCCUUGUGGAUACUUGUACCUGUGUCUUAAAACUGUUUUCAUGCUGAGAGUUCAGCUUGUGGCUUAACUCUGUGGUAAACCACCCCCUUUAUACGAUGGUACAGACUAGACGCAGUGAUAACGUACAGUUUUCUUUUUCCUAAGCAAAGUGUCACAUAUCCAUCCCUGUGUGUGCAAACCUUCCCACAGACUGAAACAUGUGCAGGCAAUAAAGAAGCUGAUUGAUUGGCCAGAAGAUACUUCACCACUCCGAUGGGUUGAGUGAGAACUGGGGUAGGAUUCCCCGCUCUGGUUGGGUGAUUCAUCCCCAGUUCCACUAGGCCCCAAUGCAAUCCUGGGUGAACAGAAUAAACUGUCUGGUCUCUGUGGCCUUGAGUUCCAGCCUGUGAUGGGGCAGUGAGGGAAACCAGUCAUUCCCCAGUUUCUCACACCAACCAGCAGCCCCUGGAAUUUAAGCUGCGCAAGUUCCUUUGAAGAUGCUUUUAAUGAUUUGAGCACACGUACUUAAAUCUUCAAAGAGAAGUUCCUCUGCUUAUUUGAUGCUAAAUCUUUUCCUCGCCAUUAUUGUAAUGUACUAAAAUGUGAAGGUGGCGGUGUUUUGGAAACUUUCACUGCAAACACAGGUAGUUCAACAUAUGCAACUGAAGAUGAAUCUAGAUGACUAACAGUGGAAGCAAAAUGCAGUCACCUCUUGGGGCUAACAUGGCCUUCAGUAUAAAUAACUUGAUGUGUUUUGAAUGCUGUACAGAGACUGCGCUGUAAAACCUAAUGAAUAGCACUACUGUGAUUUGGGGGAAAAGAGUAAAUCUGCAAUAAUUCCUUGUGUUAAAUUGUUUUUGGAUUUAUUUUUGCUUAUACGUACAUUCAUCCAUAAAUUGCGACUUUUUUUAACAGCACGUUGCCUCAGAUGUACCAGAUUCCUGUAACAAAGUCAUUGAUUUAAUUAAAACAUUGACAAAUAC